CACGUUUUCUGGCAGUGGUAAACAGACGUCAGAAGGGAGUCUUCGCCUCGAGUCAAAACUAAACAAAAAAAGAUAUACGAUGAAUGAAUAUUUGGACAUCCAGAAUAGCCACAAGUCAAACAAAACUAACGAUUGAAAGGGGGAGAAUUCCAAAGGAAGGUACUGAAGCCUUUUUUUCGACUUUUGAGAGGAUUUUGAACUCCAAAAUAACUGGAGUUAGCCAGCAGCUAACGUUAAGUGGCUAUCACGCUAUUUUAAAAACUACGUUUGGUGUGUGGAGUCGAGCCGAGGUGGGAGAGCCUGAACUCCAAGAAACCGUGGAUUACGAACCGUGCUUUAAAUUGGUCACAAGACGCCGACUGAUCCAAUUUUAGGCACACUCUUAAGGUUUGUGCUCGCGCGAGCAUCGUGUGCUGCUGCGUGUCAAGAAACAUGGCAGAUGGUGACACGCGCUUGCCCGCAAUGUGGAGGAGCGUGAAAACUUGAAUCAGAAAACCACGGACUUUCUGAUUCAUUUGUUUCUUCUAAUUUUGUUUUACAGACCACCAUGAUCAAACUGUUCAGUAAGGUUUUGCGCUCAACAUUUUAUUUUUGUCAGUCGACUAAAAUUACUUAGAUAAUACUGUAGCCAAAGAAGCGACAGCCAGCAUAACAUUACUGUUUUGACAUCAGAAGUAAACGUGUCAUUGCUUAGAUAAUCAAAUAUUGCAGAUUUUUUUUACUUGAAACAUUGACUAUUUUAUUGCAAACUCCAUGAAUCCAGAUUUUGUAUUCACUCUAAGUAAUAUUGUUUCACGGGGAGCAGUGACAGAUGUAUGUUGAAAUGAAAAAGUUGUUGUUUACUAAAUUGCUUUGAAUUUGGAUAUCAAUGUUCAAAGUAAUAUUAUAUCAACUCCAGUGUUCUAUUGAAGCUGGAGGUUAUUUCUACAUGCGAAGGAGCGAGACAGCACGUUGUUUACAAGUGCAGACGAAGGCACAGUAAACCUAGUCGGCUCUUUUGUAUCAGUGACCCACUGUGGUAAUCCUCAUUUGUGGGUUAUUUGCAAAGUAUAUGUGUUUGAGGGCGACUUUUAUGUUAUAAUGUUAAAGUUAAAAGCAAAACAAGUCAGUUCAAUUUAUAGUGUUGUGAGAGCAAUAAUUUUAUAGCUAACGUUACUUUUACCUUCAUAAACAUAGAAUAUAUUUACAUUUUCCACAACAAACUACCAAAACUAAACCGAGACAAACGUUUAUAUAUAUAUAUAUUUUAAGUAUAUACCCCACAGUAACACGUUAUGUGGGCCAUAAAUUGCAUUGGUCUCUGAUUGCAAUCCAGAUGUUUUGGUGUGCAUUCCUCCCUGAGUUCUCUUUGUUCUUUUAUACAAACAAAGGAACCGUCAUCCCAGCCCUCCUCUGCUCUAUGUAAAUCGGAAGGUUUAUGAUAGUUACUAUUAAAGGGAUUAUUUGGGUCCCCUAAUCUCCAAUCUCAGGAUUAACACCACUAUACUGGUGUAUCCAGAUUAUUGUUUCUCUCUUCUACUAGUCCCCUUAAUAGAGAAUGGAACAUAGCGUUUUGGUGUAGAUAGUUGAAGUUUAUAGAUAACUUUUGGUUAUACAAUAAUUACAUUAGAAAAUAUAGUCUAACUUUGAACAUAGACCCCUUCUUAGAUAAGAAUAGGCCUACAUUUUGGUGUGCCUAUUACAAAUACAUGUCCCCAGAUUACAUUUUACAUUAGUCAUUUAGCAGAUGCACUUAUCCAGAGCGGUUUAGAGGAGCAACUAGGGUUAAGUGCCUUGCUCAAGGGCACAUCAACAGAUUGUUCACAUAGUUGUCUCAGGGAUUCAAGCCUUCAGUUACUUGCCCAACGCUCUUCACCACUCUUCACCUGUGACCCUACAAAAGUACAAUAUUGUUAUUUUGAUUUAAAAAAAACAUUGUUUCAAUAUUUCAGUCUCACUAUUAUUUACCUUGAUGAUUUAUUUGAAGUAUUAUCUCUUAGUUGUCUACAUUUAGGAUAGUUGUAGCAAACAAAACCUUACAAUGGAGGGUUCGACGGUACCCACGAUUGACCCAGAUUUUGAGCCGCAAAGCAGACCUAGGUCGUGCACAUGGCCGCUCCCCAGACCCGACAUCUCAGCUGUCAAACCGGAGGUGGCGGACGGCCCUGAAUCUUCUGCGGGAACCCCGCCCGCCGACGACGAUAAGCAGGAGCAACAGCAAAUCAUAUCCGAGCCUGAGAAAGUUGUGGUCACAGAGGGAGGAGCCGGAGUAGGUGGAGCCACACCCAGAAAGGGAUCAUCCCGGCGCAAUGCAUGGGGGAACCAGUCUUACGCGGACCUGAUUAGUCAGGCUAUUGAGAACUCUCCAGAGAAGCGUCUAACCUUGGCACAGAUAUAUGACUGGAUGGUGAAAACUGUGCCUUACUUCAAAGAUAAAGGAGAUAGCAACAGCUCAGCAGGGUGGAAGAAUUCAAUCCGCCACAACUUAUCACUCCACAACAAGUUCCUGAGAGUUCACAAUGAGUCCACAGGCAAGAGUUCUUGGUGGAUGCUCAACCCAGAGGGGGGCAAGACUGGGAAAGCCCCCCGUCGCCGUGCUGCCUCCAUGGACAACAGCAGCAAACUGCUGAAAAGCCGGAUGCGAGCCAAGCAGACCAAGAAGGCAGCAGCAGGCCUGGGCGGGACCACUGGGGGAGAUGGCGACGGGGGCGCAGACAGUCCCAACUCCUCCCAGCAGUUCCCUAAAUGGGGGGUAAACAGUGGCAGCCCCUCAUCCCGUGGUAGCCUAGACGACCCUGACAUGUGGACCAGCUUCCGUCCACGCACCAGCUCCAAUGCCAGCACCCUGAGUGGCCGGCUGUCCCCCAUCGGCCCCGGCCAGGAGGAUGAGGAUGACCUGCCUGAGGAAGGUCUACUGGGCUACUCCACGGGCAACCUGCCCCCCACCCUCACUGAGACACUAAUGGAGGAGCUGGACCUGAUCGAUGGCCUGACACUGAUGACCGAGCAGCAGGGAGGGGCUAGUCCCAGCACAGCCCCACCGGCUCCCCCCACCCCUCUGCCCUCUGCCUCAACACUGCUUCCCCGGGGCUCCGGGUUCCCCUCCUUCCGUCAGCUACAGCCAUCCAACAUCUCCCAGGCCCCCAACCAGACUGGGGGACAGUCCUCAGGCACACAAUGUGGCAACAAUAACAACUCCAAACCAUUAAACUAUGGUAACUCUCUCUUUAACCCCAUGCCCAGCCCUGGCUCCCGUGGGACUGGUCUCUAUGGCACCCAUGUUCCCUCCAGCUUGGAGGCGUUGCUCACCUCAGACUCCCCGCCUCCCAGUGAUUUCAUGAUGACCCAGGUGGACCCCCUUAUGCCCAGUCCUAGUGGAGUGGGGAUGAUGGGCAUGGGGGGUCCCAUGGUGGGAGGGCGGCCCAAACCAAACCAGCUGUUGCUGGGGAAGGGGCUUGAGCCAAACACUGUGGCAUCCAUGAGGAUGCAGUCCCAGCUCCAACAGCAGCACUCUCAGCUGGGCCUGGGCAUGAUCCUGUCAGGCAUGGCCCAAGACUCUCCACAGCUCUCAGCCCUCAAAGCUCAGCAUGCACAGCUGCCAGGUAUUGGGCCUCACCACGGAGGGGGCCUAUCCAAUAUAGGAGGAGGUCUGCCAGGGAUGGGCCAGUUCGGAACGCCGAGCUCCUUCCUACCAUGUCAAGACCGCUUGCCCACUGACUUGGACAUUGAGAUGUUCACAGAGAACUUGGACUGUGACGUUGACUAUAUCAUCAACAGUGACCUCAUGGAUGGAGAGGGCAUUGAUUUCAACUUUGACCCCAUAAUGCCAGGUGGGCAAAGCUACUCUGGCCCUGCAACUACGCAGAGCUCCGCCCACAACUGGGUACCCAGCUAACUUCUCAGUAACCUUGCAGUGUUAGCCAGGUAAGGAUCCCCAAUCACACACAAACUCAACGACACCUACAACCUAGAACACACCUGGUGCAUUCAUUCCUAAUCCUCAUCUCCCUAUUGGCUGAAGAUCCAAUUCCGAAGCAAUUUUUUUAACUUUUGUGCUUGUACUUUUGACGAAACCAGACCUCAGACAUCCAUGUCACAGGCCAUCCAUGUCCCUGCCCCUAGUAACAGUUGCAACUUUUGGGGACUUUGCCGUAUUUUUUUGAGUGUUUGAGAUAAGUAUGACCGAAUUUAUUUCGGGUGAAAAGAUGAAGCACAACUAACAACUCUAAGUUAAUAUCACAAUGAAUAUUAUUACUAUACCAAAGUAGUUUUAGGAUUGAUAUGGUACACUUCCUUGAUGUCUUUGAUAUUGAAGGUGAAAUGGACAGUGCACACAGGAAGAAAUUGCCAGUUUUCAUAUAAAUUGUAGGUGGUGAACUAUUACCGACAACCACCAACUUGGACAUGAAAUUAAGCUGCUGCAUCUUUAUCUACGGAGGGAAUGAAGUUCCAACACACUCCUCUGGACUUUCCUCAAUUAAAAUAUUGAGAAGAUGACACGAGCAAAGGCUGAUGAUGUUAAGUCAUUGGAUGAGACCAAGUUGAAGAUGUAUGAUUUGACAUUGGACUCCGCAUGUUGACCAGACGUAGUCUAACAUUUGGUCGCUUGGUGGUACGAAACAUGUGCUUCUGUUUCUUUUUCAUUGACGAGACCGGAGCUGCAAAGUAACUACGAGUUAUGUCAGUAGUAAUUUAACAGUACAGGGUAUGUGAUAUGCAUUUACCGCUUGGCAUUCAUGACUGCUCAGUGUGUGCUAAAGAGCAGGGUAGAAAACACUUUGGUGGAGUUUUUUAUUUUCUUGAUGUGCAGUUACACUAACAAUGUGAAGAAAAGUGAUUUGUGAGCUUUUUACAGGGGGCAUUCAAAGGUAAUUGUAUUUGCCAACAAAUUAUUUGGUUGACCAAGUGUUAUAUCAUUGAAAGCAGUUUUCCUCCACUGCUUUAAGGGCCGUUUGAAGGUUUUGCGGAACUGGGUUGUGUUUCAAGGCACUUGGGAGUAUUCCUGUCAUGUGGCUCCUGUACUCUAAUGGCAAAAUAAGAGACUAAACCAAGUUCGGUUGAAUCAUUUCAUCAAAGAAAAGAGGCAAGGUUGUCAUGCUAUGCAGAUCAAUCAGGAAAAUUCAAAAGAAAUCUUGAAGGAAAUUGUUAAGAUCUCUUGAAGGGUUUUGCAUUUAAUGUUUUCCUGCAAUGUUCUAUCCCUUAAAGUAAGGGAAACUGGGGCUUCAUGUGGGAAUAUUUUCUCACUGAUAACUUUGUUAUACAUUACUAACCAUCUUUUUUAAAAUGAAAUUAAUACAACAUGUGAGAAGUAAAAUAUUUGACUAGUUUAAUAUACAAUUUAGAUGGAGGUUAUAUAUGAAAUAUUAACAUAUAUGAAUAUAUUUCUAUUACUAAUCAGACGUUAUGGAGAAAAACAAUUUCAGAUCAUUUUGAACGGUCAUUUUCUAUAUAUUCUUUUAUUUUUGUAAAAGAUGAGAUGCAUGUAGAUUUUAUACAUAACCAAAAGAACACUAAGAAUUACAUGGCAGAUAGUGGGUGCUUGGGACAAAAAAUAUUUUAGUGUAGAUAAGCUUCGCAAGUGGAGCCAAAGAAUGAAAAAAGAAAAGAAAUCUGCAUUUUAACAAAUGACACGGCAGGUGAGUUGAGGCGAAGUACAUGCGUGGAUAUACCAGUAUAACUUGAUUUUCCAAAUUGACUUGCCACUUAGUUAAUUUGACUUGAUUAUUGUGAAAUUUAAAUCAAAGUUAAAACCUGCACAUGUUAUUUACACAGUGGAGGACAUUUUGCUUACAGCAGUGAUGCUGAAUUCACAUCUCAAAUGAUGCAGCGAUUAAAUCUCAGGGUCAUUUAAAAAAUAAUAAUAAUGGAAACAUCUUCCUUAAGGGAGUAAUCAGAUAAUCAUCAGAAUUACAUUUAUUUUAGGUAAAUUUCUAUGUUAAAAUACAAGACUGGAAACCAACAGCCCCUCGUGUUUUGCCAUUUUCUUAAUCGUGAGGCAUCCUUGACACAAGGGUCUUUUGAUUCAUACCACUUUUUCAAUUUAACACUUAAAAAUAUAAAUUCUAAUUUUACUAAGAUGGAAAUAAACAAGAGAUCUUUAGUCAUGUAUAUCAUAACAAUAGUCUUGUUCGAGGUUGUUAAACUGCCAAUAUUGAACACUAUAGCAUGUUAUUCAAUAGCAAGAUGCACCAUGUCAUUUUUCAUGUUUUUUCCUUCCUUUUGAAGAU